AUGAAGAGGUGGGAAAUGAUCUGUGGUUGUAACGGUGAGAAUUACAACCCAGAGGCGGAAAGCGCAACCCAGCGAGUGCUCAAUCAAUUCGCCUAAAUACCUAUCAUUGUCUCGACCCCCUCGAGAAAGGAGUCAAGCACUCUCUCAUUGGACAUCAAAUGAUUAUUCCCGAGUAAUUUUUAUGUUUUCCAAGCAUUUUAGCUCGAUCCGAAUUCGAAUCGGCACGUCGAGGAAUUGCAAUAAGAUGAGGUUGGAAAGAAACUGAAUUCACUUUUCCUUUUCCUUCCUCCAACACUCAACUCGUUCAUGACACUCCCUCUCUCGUCCUUUUAAUCCACCAAUCAGCCUGUUCCCUGGCCAGCUCUGCCGCUAGCUUAUGCAGGCUCCCCAACUUCUUAUCCCCCACGAUAUCCGUCCGACUUACAAUGCUCAUAACCUCUUUGAUCAUCACACCGCGUCGCCAAGAGUGCUCCUCGGGACGAACGACAUACAACCUCUGCCUCCUUCCCUUCAACUACGCAUGCCACAAAACCAACCCCCACUGAACAAUGUUCCUCCACCAAAGCAGGAACAAAAGCUAACCAAGGCGGUCGGCAUACCCGCCAUUACUCCCGACGGGGUCGUCAUGGUCGAUGACCCAGAAUCUCGAUCAACACGUUCCUACACUCCCGUCAAACUCGUUGGAGAUGGCUCUUUCGGAACUGUAUGGCUAUGCGAUUGGCAGGGGGCACUUCCUAUCAAUACACCCCUCUCUCCUAUGCAAUGCGGCGCUGGUGCUCGACCGGACUGGGCCGGUAAACGUCUUGUUGCUCUAAAAAGGAUGAAGAAACGUUGGGAGGGUGGUUGGGAAGAGUGCAAACGUCUCAAGGAACUCGAGUCACUUCGCGUCAUCCCUCGACACCCAAACAUCAUUCCUCUAUACGACUUCUUCGUGAUGCCCUCAACGAAAGAGCUUUAUUUUGUGUUUGAGUGUAUGGAGGGCAAUCUCUAUCAGCUCAUUCGCUCAAGGAAGGGCAGGUCGCUUGCUGGUGGACUGGUCUCGUCUAUUUUUCGGCAAGUUUGCAGUGGCUUACACCACAUCCAUCAGUCGGGCUAUUUUCAUCGUGACAUGAAGCCGGAGAAUUUGCUAGUGACUACUACAGGGUUACACGAUUAUUUGACGACGAAUCCCCGCUUGAUUGCUGCUGCCAAUUCAAAUGGGACCAUUCCGACUGAGCGCGAUGUCGCGGUUAUCGUUAAACUUGCUGAUUUUGGGCUUGCAAGGGAAACUACCAGUCGCCCGCCGUACACCGAGUACGUAAGUACACGAUGGUAUCGUGCGCCAGAGGUGCUACUGCGAAGCCGGGAUUAUUCCAACCCCGUCGACACGUGGGCUUUGGGGACUAUCAUGGCGGAACUUGUCAACCUCAGACCCCUCUUUCCAGGGCAAGGAGAGACUGACCAGGUGGCAUUGAUUUGCGAGGUACUUGGGGAUCCGUCAGAUGAUUAUGGUAUUGAUGAGCGGGGGGUCUGUAUUGGGGGCGGUUCUUGGCCGAAAGGGAUACGAAUGGCCUCAUCACUCGGCUAUGCUUUUGGCAAGCAUGAGACGAAUGGCAUGAUGAAUGGCGCGAUGAGUCUCGCUGGCUCAUCAUCGUCAUCCCUCCCUUCGGUUCCCCCACGCCACAUCCCCCUUCCCAUUCAUUCCCUUCCUCGUACCAGGCACGUUCUCCUCAACCACACUACUGCGAUAUUUCCUCGCCUGUGUCUGCAACCCCUCUUUCACCUUCUCCGUUAUCCCCGUUGUCUACUUUACCACCCACUACGAGCUUGACAACUGGCAUUGUCGACCAAUUGAGGGACUUGGACCUUCCGGCUGAUCGGAAACCACUCCCUCGACAUGAUGAUCCUCAGGGACCCUCGAUGGAUGUUGAUCCAGACCAUCAAGAUACCCAAUACAAUUCGCACAUGCCAUCUCCCCCAAGACCUUCUCUUUUGCAACAACAGCCCCAAGCCUCGGGCAGCCAUCCUUCCGCAGUACCAUCGGCUCAAUCGUCAUCUUCGAAUAAGAGCAGCUUGUUUGCCGCUUUCGGAAAAAAGAAGAAAACACUUGGCAUCUUUGGAGGGAGCAACGACAAAUCGGCAUCUUUGCCUCCAGUUGAAGAAGUUGAACUUUCGUCAGGUAAUCCUGUCUCUCCGAAACGGACACAAUCGAGCAGUACUGGGAGCAGGUCAAUUGAUGACCAGCGACAUCCGAAUGGUUCUGGGUUCGUGCCGCAUCUAACAGUGUCAAACGCAAACGGUCAUACGAUGGCGGCUGCCGAA